AUGGGAGUGCCAGAUGUAGAGCAGGCUAAGAGACGACUGCAGGAUAUUCUUAGGAAAGCACAGAAGCUCGAGAUCCCUGCGCAAGAAGUGAUCUCGACGCGGACCGCCCAGAAGCUUCUUGCCAGAACGAGGAACGUCCUGGCAUGGACGAUUUGGAUCACCGUUUUUGUUCUUCUGCUCAGUGGUGUGGUCUAUGUCCGUUGGCCGACGAAACAAGAAGUCGAGACCAUUAGGACUGUCCUUAGGCGAACGGUGAGCCACGAAAAUUAUUUUUCUCAUCCUUACUGCAGGAAUUUAUUUAUUUAUAUAAAUCAUAAUAUCUUUAAUUAUGUACGAGAUCUUUGCUAUCGUGGGAUUAUCGAAGCUUGAUAAUCGUUAACCGCGAUAGUAGAGCAAUUAUGAAACGUGCGCCUCGAUGGUUCGAGUUCCACUUGAAUCGAAGCUUUCCAAUACAGAAGUAGCUUGUAGGAAAGUUACAUGUAUUUUAAGCAAUUGAUCUGGCAGAAAUUAACGAGAUACGGUGACACGCUUUAAAAUAAAACGAUCGCCUCGACGAAUGUAAUCGUUGAUAUUUUUAGAAACAAUAAAAAAAGCUUUCCCGCUAAUCGACUUGAAACUGUACUCGUAAUAUCAUUGGCUAAUCAAUUGAAAAAAAUAUUGCGAAUGAUGACCGCGUAAGGAUCGAUUGGUUUUUAUUUCUGAAUUAAUGCUGGUUCAAUAAGACCAGUAUCGAAGUCAAUUACUGUUGUUUUUUUAUUUUUUUAUUUACUAAUUAGAACUUUCCAUGAAUCAACUUGCGAAUCGCCUAAAAUCCCUUUCGAUCUCCUCUAAUAUUACACUGUGUUUUACUUUAAUUUACGUUGCGAUCAGUCAUUAUUUACAAUUAGAUUGUGUCUAAUAAUAUAAUCUUUGCACAUAUUAAUUUACUUUACGAUGGCCUAGUUGAUCUGUCGAAUGUUUAUAAAGUUUUUUUUAUAAAUAAAAUAAUACAAUAAAAAUAUAUCGUGUAUAUUAAUAUUUUUAUAAAUACUUCACAGAAUUAA